AUGGCUAGUGAUCUGAACGAGCUUCCUUUCGUCAAGGGAUCGGGUGAGACCACUGUUAAGGUUCUCUUUUUGAAUCCCAAUGCUACCAAUUCCAUGACCAUGUCAUGUCUUGACAUGAUCUCCAACAGCAUUCCUGCAGACACUAUAGUAUAUGGGUACACGGGUCCAGAAAACGAUACUCCAAUCACUAUUGAAGGUCAUCUGGAUUCCGUUCUCUCUGCCGCGAGCUGUAUCAGAAAUGCCUAUGGGUUAAUUGAUCAAGUUGACGCGGUGGUCGUUGGCUGUUUCUCCGUUCAUCCACUGAUCAACUGUGUUAGAGAAGAGUUUUCAAAACCCUGUUGUGGCAUAAUGGAAGCUGGCUUCUAUAACGCACGUUUACUGGGAGGUAAGUUUGGCGUUGUUUGUACAGUUUAUCGAUCUCAGAUUAGACAUGAGUUUGCUGUGAGAAACUACGGACUUACGCCUUUUUGUGCUGGUCUGUUGUCGACCAAACUAGCCGUGAAGGAGCUGGAGACAAAACCGAGAGAAGAAGUGCUAGCUCUCAUGGCCAACUGCGCAUUGGAGCUAGUUAAAAAGGAUGCGGACUGUAUCGUGCUUGGGUGCGCAGGAAUGGCUGAUAUGGCCAACGCUGUGAAAGCUGCCGUAGAGCCGUACCAUGUCCAGGUGAUCGAUGGCGUCUCUUCCGCAGUCAACAUUCUCUCGGGUCUAGUGAGAAUGGGCCUGAGAACAUCAAAACGCGGUCUUUUUAUGGACUCGAAGCCAAAUCGCGAGUUAAGAGGACAAAAUUAUUUAUAA